GUUGAGCUCUUAAGCGCUUACGUCUCACAUGUCUCAUUCUACAUUAUCGACUGGCAGAACAAAACGUGGUGAGCGGAAAGAAGGAAGCAUGCCGCCAAGGGCAAUACCAUGAGCUCAUAACAGAAACAAAUACAUUAAUUCCCCGACAAUUUGAUAUUUUCUCGCUUGAUCUCCUACUUAUUUGCUUCCCUUGUGCUGCUAGAUUUUACUGCGGCCUUACGGAUAGACCGCCUAUCUCGUCAUGAAGGUCGCUGUCGUGGGUUCUGGUGUCGCUGGUCUCGCAGCUACCUGGGCAUUGAACGAGUACAGCAACCACGAAGUUCAUUUAUACGAAGCAGACGAACGGCCUGGUGGCCAUGCCAAUACAGUCCCGUUUGGCUACAAGAACAAGGAUGGAUCGAGGCAGACGGUGAAAGUCGAUACUGGAUUUAUUGUUCUCAACCCGUCUACGUACCCCAACUUUCUGAGAUUCCUCAAGUUACAUCCUUCGGUGGAAAUCAUGCCAACGGAGAUGACAUUCAGUGUAACUCGGGACAAUGGGAAGUUCGAAUGGGCAGGCAACAACCUUGCUACACUGUUUUGUCAACCUUGGCGACUCUUGGACCGGAAUAUGUGGCGGAUGGUAUACGACAUACUGCGGUUCAAUGCCAGUGCAAGGCGGCUUGUGUCAAUGUGGAAUAAGCAGAACGUUGACGCAUGGGAGGACUAUUCCAUCGGCGAAUACCUGGAGUGGGGCUCCUACUCUGAUGCUUUUCGCGACAACUACUUGAUUCCCAUGACCGCCGCUAUAUGGAGCACGCCACCGGAUAAAUGUGCUCUUGAUUUUCCCGCUCGAACUUUGAUCCAAUUUAUGCAUAAUCAUCAUCUCCUUCAACUCACCGGCAAGCCAUCUUGGCUGACCUUCAGAAAUGGAAGUCACGCCUACGUAAAUGCCAUUCUAUCCAAACUUCCUUCAUCGCAGUUACAUCUCGCCGCUGCGGUUAAAUCGAUCAGGACAGGAUCUAGGAUAAUACUAACGACUGAAGAUGGCAGAGAGGAAUCAUACGAUCACGUCGUCAUGGCCUGCCAUUCUGAUGCUGUGCUUUCAAUUAUCAAAGCUGGGGGUAGUAUGCAGCCAAAGGAAGAAGAGAUUUUAAGGAUGUUCAAAUGGAAUAAGAAUGAGACUGUCCUACAUUCAGACUCUAAACUGAUGCCUAGGAGCAACAUCGCCUGGUCCUGUUGGAACUAUCUGACUUACUCCACCGUAGAUCGAGACGGAGAAAGAAAAGCUAACGUUGACCAAGUGUCCAUAACGUAUGGCAUGAAUGCGGUUCAGCAUAUAUCGAAGAAAAACGUUGGUCCGGUUCUUGUAACGCUCAAUCCUCCAUUUGAGCCCAACCCUACCACUGUCCGUGGACGAUGGCACUACCACCACCCGGUUCUCGACGGAGAUGCUCUCCGCGCACAGAACAUGAUGGCAUCGAUACAAGGCACUCGGGGUAUAACGUAUGCCGGCGCCUACUUGAACUUUGGCUUCCAUGAAGACGGGUUCACGUCUGGACUCCUUGCGGUCCGAGAUCUGGGCGUAUGUCUGCCGUUUGAGCUGGAGUUUAGAACCAAGGAUUGGACCGUGGAGUGGGCGGCCGCGUUCUUUGACCUUUUGCAAGGGUUCGGGAUUAGAUAUGUUGUUGGGAGGAUAUUGGGGUUGAUCCUUGGGUAUUGGCUGUGGUUACUAGGACUCUGUGGUAUCGAGUUCGAUUUCUAA